AUGCGUUCGCCGACAUUGUUGCGCGGGAACCCACCAUUCGCGUCGACGUCCGUGAGUGACGGUCUGCUCUGUGCUGCUGCCCCGCUUCAGGCAAAUCGAGUGAAUGAGAGCGAACUGCCCGGUACCGACCACGGGACCCUUGCUGCACCAUGGGACAGCUUCCUCGUGGACAUACGCCCAGCAGUUGAAUCGACUUCCGAAUUCUUCUUCCUGCACUGUCAGAGUGCACGUCGAUAUCUCUAUACUGCCCUCUUUGUCGAAACGUCCUCUCUCCGAGCAUUGUGGGAUAUCAGGAUCUACUGGACGUACGAGCUGCGGAUCCCGACCGCGGAACCCACGUUCUCAGCGGCUCUGAUCGUCGUUGUCAUAUCUCCUAAACAUAUCGUUAAUCCAAAUUCAAGUACACCGUACGAUAUCCUCCCGUCGUACGGGCCGCUCGGCAGAGAUUUCCUGAACGUCAACGGAUUUCCCUCGGGGUGCUCGCUCCCAGAGCCUACUUCACCCAUCUCGUCGGAAGCACCGUCGGACGCGCUGAAGAAGUUCCGCGAGAAAGCCGUUGAUGACUGGUUGGGAGCAAUUGAUCGAGGAAGUUCCUGGGUGAGCACGGACCUCAAGGAGUUGAAGUUGACCAUCCCAGAGCCCGAAAUCCUCACACGUGUUCUAGUGUCAGCAGUGAGUUAG